CAUCGAGAAAUCUUCUCGCUAACCACCCGGGAUCGGAAAUACAUGGGCGUGUACUGGAACGAAGAACUCGGUUACAAUCCCAACCUCAUUCCCCACCCGACGAAAUCCGAUCAACAUAUCAUUGUUGCGCAGCACCUACGGCCAAACGCGACGGACGUGGACAGCAAACAGCUUGUCUGCUCUGCUAGCUUCAUAGACGGCUCUAUGGUGUGCGACAAGCAUCCAGUGGAUCUGGACACCGACCCUGCGAUACUCGGCAAUUGCACUGGUGAAAUGGCAUUUGGCAAUUCGGGCACUGGGCCGCACGACGCGCGUCUUUUCUACGGACCCAAUGAUCCAUUCCUGAUGUACGGCUCGCAGUCCGUACACGCCUGCUUCGGGCAGUGGCUGCAUGACGCCCGCAUGGUUCUUGAUGCGUUUGCAGUCGAGCGGCCUAAGGUCGUCCUCUUCAAGAACGCCACAGAAAUUAUGCGUCCACCUCCAUGGCGUCAACUCGAGAAGAACUUUUUCGUCUUCUGGGACGGCAAUGGUGCCCCGUUCGUCCACCACGACAUCUAUCCCAAACGAGUGUUUGCACAACUCGACCCAAGUGGCACCAUCGGAGAAGAUCUAGCUCCACAAGCUGCCAGCAGUGAUGAAAGAUGCAUGGCCGCCUACAUGCCCCAUGUGAGAAAAGCCGGGGGAGAAGUCAUCCAUCAAGCGACCAACUCUCUGACCAUCACGCUUUGCAAACGAGCGGACUCGAGCUGCGUUCCCACCGAUGACAACACCUUCAUCAUGCACAUUUUCCAGCACAAGGCCGGAUACAGCUUCCAUGUCGUCUACGAGCCCUACGUCAUUCUCUUCCGCCGUACCGCUCCCUUUCAGGUGCACGCCAUCUCUCAGCGUCCCAUCUGGAUACACGGCCGUGGACCAUUUACGACAGAAACCAACGCGAACCGUUAUUGGGGCAAGCCGGAGGCCGUCCCGGAAAACCAUACCGAGUCGUUCUACGUUACUUCCAUGAGUUGGAAGACGCCGGGUCAGAAGUACACCGGCUACUUGGACGAUGUGAUGUUCUUGGCGUUUGGUGUGGAAGACACGACGUCCGGAAUCAUUGAUGUGAAGGCUGGAGACUUGGUGCAAGACUUGGCAUUUUGU